AUGACGGUGUCCCGGGCAACGGCCUGGUCACAGCACCAAUUUAUGUCGUCUUCCUGGAGCUGCAGCCCGCCCGCAGCGACCAAUUAUAAGACAGCGUUCCGGGUCCGGUCUCUUCGGUCACCACGUAUGGCGGUACUAAGGGUCAAUCCCGAUUUUCCCGCUUGGUCAGGAUCGAUCCCGGUAUCAGAGAACAAACCGUCAGCCCACUCGUCGGUCGUUGAUGGCGUAUGCUGCCGCAUUCUUUCUUUCUUUUUCUUUCUUCCUGGCACUCUAUCUUUCAUAUCAUUUAUUCAUUCACUCAGUCAUUCCUUUUUUUCUUUAACUUUCUUUUUGUUCAUUAAUUUCAUUCAUUUUCAUUCUUUUUCUUUCUUUUUAGCAUUUUACUCACUCACGUCCUCGCUCUCGCUUUCAUCGUUGCUCCCCUUUACAGCCUUGAUCUCCUUUACAACCUUGCUCUCCUUUACUGCCUUGUUCUCUAUUACAUCAUUGCUCUCUUUUAGUGCCUUGCGUACCCUUAUAAUCUCACUUAUAUCCUCGCUCUCCUUUACUUCUUUGCUCUCCCUUAUACCCUUGCUCUCCCUUACAUUAUUGCUCUUCUUUACUUCCUUGCUUUCCUUUACAGUACAGUUGGUUUCAAGUGAGGAUCGAACUUACCAAGUUAGCGAAUUGUUUCAAUGGAUCUAUCUAUCUAUCUAUCUAUCUAUCUAUCUAUCUAUUGCUGCACCAAUUAAUCUGAUAGAUCUAGUGACGUCUCUCUCUCUCUCUCUCACUCUCUCUCUCACUCUCUCUAUCUCUCUUAACCUUAGUGUCAGAAUUUUAAAAUAUCUAUCUAUCUAUCUAUCUAUCUAUCACAGUCUGUUCACUAUCUAUCUAUCUAUCUAUCUAUCUAUCUAUCUAUCUAUCUAUCUAUCUAUCUAUCUAUCUAUCUAUCACAGUGUCUGCAUUAUGCAUCAAAUUCGUUGCUUAUUAUGCCUUGCUACUUGCUCAGUCAGUGCUUGCUCAGUCAGUGCUUGCUCAGUCAGUGCUUGCUCAGUCAGUGCUGUAUAUCACUUCGCUACCAGAGUUAGCAAUUGA